AAAAGGCCACUUUUCGCAAGAGGGUGAAUUGAGAAAUUUUUGUUAAAUUUGGACGACAUCAGAAACAGAAAGGGUCUUCUGCUUCUGCUUCUGCCUCUGCUUCUUCUUCGCCGUCUCUGUGCGGCACGACGAGAGUGCUCUUCCUCUUCUUAACUAAUAACAAUGACGGAGGAAGAGGUAGCGAUGGAAGUGGAAGCUGUAGAAGCUGUUUACGGCGAAGACUGCGUCAUAUUGGAUUCAUAUCCUCCUCAUCUUCACCUCCACAUGAAGCCCCGUACCGCCGAGAUCUCUUCUCAGCAGUUUGUGGAAGCGGUUUUGAGAAUCCAAGCAUGUUCUAAGUAUCCAGAUGAGCCACCUCGAAUUAGUCUGAUUGAAUCCAAGGGUCUGGAUGAUCAUAGGCAAAAGCAUUUGAUUGACAUAGUUCAAGAGAAAGCUUCUGAGUUAUCAUCUUCUUUAAUGCUUGUUGAACUUUGUGAGGAAGCAGUUGAGAGGCUCACAAUUAUGAAUCACCCGGAUGGAGAUUGUCCACUUUGUUUGUAUCCAUUAUUCCCUGAGGAUGACGGGACUAAACAAAUGCCAUUUAUGAAGCUGAUGUCUUGUUUUCAUUGUUUUCACUGUGAGUGCGCCAUUAGGUGGUGGAACUGGCUUCAUGCACAGAAAGAUGCUGAUUCGAAAUCUGGUGACGCUGUACACACGCGUAGAGGAUCAAGUGCUCGAGAAGAAAUAAGUAUUGCAGGUCAUUCUGGAUCAACAGAUAAAAGCUUGGGAAACUGUCCAGUGUGCCGCAAAGUAUUUCAUGCGAGUGAUAUUGAACAUGUUCUUGACUUGGUUGGUACUCAAUCACCUCAACAGGAUUCUGGUUUGAUACAAGGUGAGGACGAAGAUCCGCUGCUCCAGUCAGACUCAGAGAACAUUAGAAGAGAGCGGUUUGAGUCUAUUCUAAAGUUGCAGGAAGAAAAAGGCGGUUUGGUUCAGCCAAAGAAAAACAUAUCGGUUGUGCCUGGUAUGUAUCUUCCUCCGCCACCCCCUGCAUCAUCGUCACCCAACGAAGAAGAAGAAGCUGGUCAAAGCCAAGAACAAGGAGAAGAAGAACCCAAAGAAGCUGAAUCAGAGACAAACUCUAGCAGCUCCGCCAACAGAAGUGGUCGAGGCAGAGGCAGAGGCAGAGGGAGAGGCCGAGGCCGGGGACAUAAUGGCAACAGAAGGAAGCAGACCUUGCAAGAUCCAACAAAACCAACGAGGCAAUGGGUGCAGAGAACAAGAGAAGGUGACAACUAAUUUAUUAUUCGAAUCUUGUAUGAUGCUUCAAACUCAAACUCAAACACAAGAGUAUAUAACUUCAUAAACUGGCGGGAGAAAUUUAUUAAUGUUUCUCUUUUACCAAUUUGUAAGUUUUCUCGGAGCA